AUGGCGGCUGCAGUGCCUGUUCCACGCCAUACCCUCGAGGAAUCACCCAAUUCGCGGACCGUCAAGAUGGGAGACUGGGAGAUCACUGCGCGCACGAACCCCAUCUCUAACGCAAAUGAGCUCGAUGCCUUGCAGGCGGCGGUCGGUGGCAUACCGCUUCCCGAAAUGACUUUCGGGAACAAUGCACUAGAGCUUGUGCACAAAGCCAGCGGAUGGACGUAUGCCUUUGGCACGGAAGAGGCCCUGAAGGGUGUGAAGAACGGUGAGCUGGAGAGCGGAGAUGGAGGUGUCAAAGUCGGCUACGCGGAUGCGUGGCUGAAGAGCAGAACAGGGCCGUCCUCUCAGCUUCCAAUGCCCGAGACAGUUCCUACUAAGCCGUAUGACUGGACGUACACGACGAUCUACAGUGGUCACGUACUGCCCUCUUCGUCCAUCACGGCCAAAUGGGUACCUGCAGACCCCGAGAACGCGACGCACACCAUCCCGCUGGCUGAGCUUACUCGCCAUGACCCUAUCCUCUUCUACGCCGAAAUCCCGUUGUAUGAAGAUGAGCUGCACGAUAACGGUUCAUCUCACCUGCUUGUCCGAAUAUCUAAAGCGUGUGAUGCCGACAUGUGUUUUCAUCCUGUCGCGUUUACUCUCCGAGUGGAUAACGUCCUCUUUCGGGCACACGAUACUCGAAUAUAUCACUCCUUCUCGUCUUCACCGCCUCUGGUGGUCCGAGAGACGAGUGGGUGGGAGGCACCAUAUGAUUGGGUCAAGAAGCGGCUGCCGAAGCGCGACGACUUGACGCCAUUGACCGACCCAAUGUGGAUCGCAAAGAUCCUCAGCGAGAUGCCCGCAGAGGUUUCACAGCAAGCUGGGGCCGGCACGAAGUGGAAAGGGCUUGGUACCAGAACCGAGGUUGCCGUAUUAAAAUAG